AGAGGGCGUGGCCGUCCCUGGGGCGCGGGCGCGGGGAGCCGGGCUCCCAUCUCUCUCGGUCUGAGCUAACCCGCCGCCUCCAGUCCCGAUCGGGCGGCGGGCGCAGGAAGGAGCGACAGGCGGAGGGCCCAUGUCCGGCCCGGGUCCCCGCCGCCGUCCCCUGCGACCCGCCGGGCCUUCCCGGGCUUCUCCCGGGCGGGGAGCGCAACAUCCUCCCCGGGGAGCACGCUGGGGCCGCGCAGCACCGCGGGUACCCGAUUUUCAACCCGCUUUUUGGCUUGUCCCCCGAUCCUUUUCCCGAGUGCCCUCUCUUUACACCCUUAUUCAUCCACGGGCCCUGUGGGCCCGAGUUCGCUCAGGAGGGUUUGGGGAGGAGCCAUCCGCCCAGGGAUGGAGUGAAGUUUUUCUCCGGAGGGGCCGACGCGGGGGAAACCCGGAGGGUCAGUUCCCUGGUCGACGUGGUGUAAGGUUUGGGACCGUCGGGGGAGGGCUGCCCAGCUGCGAGGCUGGAGCACGUUCAAGGCAUGUCCCUGGAUGCCCCCCAGAGACAUUUAGGUGCCUUGGCAGGGUGGAGGUUAAAUAGAAGCUUCCUAGGAAAUGACCUUUCCUGAGUGCUUCCUCUGUGCCAAGCAUGCUGCUGUUCCCUGCAGUAGGCUCUGCCGAGGGAACUUCUAGGAAAGAGAUGCUGUGAUUAUCUCAUGUUGACGACAGAAGCCCUGGGUGUCAGCAUCACGCGGCUAGCAGGUUAUCAGUAGAUGGGUCUGACGCCAAAACCCAGACUACCAUCAAGAUAAAGCGUAUACAUAGGUGGCUCCCCCCGGAGGAUAACAGAAGUAAAGAAAUUUGAAUCUGCCACUUCAAGUUCCAUAUAAAUUGCACAUUGCUGGAAGAGGGCGAUGGCUGUGGCCUUGGGUUGUGCAAUCCAGGCCUCCUUGAAUCAGGGCUCGGUGUUUCAAGAGUAUGAUACUGACUGUGAGGUCUUCCGCCAGCGCUUCCGGCAGUUCCAGUACAAAGAAGCAGCUGGGCCUCAUGAAGCUUUCAACAAACUCUGGGAGCUCUGCUGUCAAUGGCUGAAGCCAAAGAUGCGUUCUAAGGAGCAAAUCUUGGAGCUGCUGGUGUUGGAGCAAUUCCUAACGAUUCUCCCCACAGAGAUAGAGACUUGGGUGAGGGAACAUUGCCCAGAGAACAGAGAAAGAGUUGUGUCACUGAUAGAAGACUUACAGAGAGAACUUGAGAUACCAGAGCAGCAGCUGGAUAGGCAGGAAAUGCUCUUGGAAGAACUGGCACCAGUGGGAAUGGCACACAUACCACCAAACAUCCACCUGGAGUCACCCCCACUCCAAGUAAUGGGACCUGCCCCGGAAGUCCCAGUGGCAGAGGCGUGGAUCCCACAAGCCGGGCCGCAGGAGCUGAGCUUCAGUGGUGCUGGGGAAGGCCAGUCCUUUCUCGACCCUGGAUACCCAAUACCAAAACUUGACGUGAGCUUUCCAUUGGAGCAUAGAGAAGAGGCAUGGGUGAAGGAACUGCAAGAUUCCAAAGAAAUUAAGCAAUUACUUGAUUCCAAGUUAGGUUUUGAGAUUGGAAUAGAAAAUGAAGAAGAUACUUCAGAAAAACAGAAAAAACUGGAGAAUAUGUAUCCAUUUAUUGUUACUUUGGAGGGGAAUGCUCUUCAUGGCCCCAUUUUGCAAAAAGACUAUGUACAGCUAGAAAAUCAAUGGGAAACCCCUCCAGAGGAUUUACAGAGAGAUUUAACAAAACUUGUAGAGCAUCAGAACCCCUCAGCAGGAGAGAAACCUGAGAGCUCCAACUUGGAAGAACCUCUCAACCCAAGACCCCAUAAGAAGAAGAGUCCGGGUGACAAACCUCACCGAUGUUCUCAGUGUGGGAAAUGUUUUGCUCGAAAGUCACAACUUACAGGGCACCAGAGAAUUCAUUCAGGAGAGGAACCUCAUAAGUGCCCUGAAUGUGGAAAGAGAUUCCUCCGUAGUUCAGACCUUUACAGACACCAGCGACUUCACACAGGGGAGAGACCCUAUGAAUGCACUGUGUGUAAAAAGCGAUUCACUCGGCGCUCACACCUUAUAGGGCACCAGAGAACCCAUUCUGAAGAAGAAACAUAUAAAUGUCUUGAGUGUGGGAAAAGCUUUUGUCAUGGAUCAAGUCUUAAAAGACAUCUGAAAACUCAUUCGGGUGAGAAACCUCAUAGAUGUCAUAAUUGUGGGAAGAGUUUUAGUAGGCUGACAGCUCUUACUUUGCACCAGAGAACACACACUGAAGAGAGACCUUUUAAAUGUAAUUACUGUGGGAAAAGCUUUAGACAGAGACCAAGCCUUGUUAUUCAUUUAAGAAUUCAUACAGGGGAGAAGCCAUACAAGUGUAGUCAUUGUUCUAAAAGCUUCAGACAGAGAGCAGGCCUUAUUAUGCACCAAGUCACUCACUUUAGAGGACUUCUUUAAGGAUUGUUAAAGGAAACAAAUCCUACAGAGAUUGAUAACUAACCCCAACACAAAAUCUUAAACAUGCAACAGCCUGUUUGUCUUGGAAGAAUUCGUUUGAGCUUGUAAGAAAAGAAAAGCUUUUUUUUUCUACUUUAAAAACCCAUCUUCCAAGUUAUAUGAAUUCUAGAGUAUCUACCUACUCUUGCAAUUUUCAUAGAUUUGAUUUAUUCUGUCUCUGCAACUCAUUUUUUAUUACAUUGACAAUUUUUGUGAACCAAGUCAACCAUAUCGUAAAUGUCAGCAUAAAAAUAAUGGCAAGCCUUUUCAGGGUAGGGUCAACAUAAUGGAUUAUCAUAUUUGUCUGGCAUAUCUAUUAUAGUAUUACCAUAAUUAUUCUGCUGUCAUUAUUAAAGGUGAUUAUAUUAGUUUAAAACUUUAUAUGUGUCCCAGGUGGCAACAAAGGAGACAGUGUAUUUUAUGAAAUAAUAAAAAUAUGUUAGGAACACAUGGAUGAAGAGGAUUUCGUUUGCCUGCUAUGAACUGGGUUCUUUCCAUUGAAAAUUUUGUCUUUGAAGAAAUUAGAAUUUUAAUCUUUACUUUUGAAUUUUGCAAAGUUGACUAAUCUGCUUAGUUGGCAGUCUGGGGUGAUGCUACUCAGAGCUGAGUAUUGGUUUGAUGAUUUAUUUUGUUCCCAGGAUAAGUCAACUCUUUGUGGAAGAACCCAUUUGCCAGUUGAAGUCAUACAAGUAGACUCUAAUUUAAUUUACACUGACUGAGGAACCAGUAUCCAUUGCUUUUCACUCUCCUUUGCUAUUCAACUGUGUCUCUCUCAGUGCUUUAAAAUUUUAUCCAUUCUUUAAUUCAGUGUCUCCCUAAGUGUGUGUCAUAGAACACCUAUUUCUAUAAGAUAGUUUGCAAAUAAGUUUGGGAAUCCCUUCCUGCUGUUUCUGCUUUGUAGAUUCACAGUGCACAUCAGCCUAUGAGGAUUCUGAGAGGUCCUCUCAUGAAGGUGGAAAAAGCACCUCUUUUGGCUCAGUGUUUUGCAAUCCUGUUUGACCCCAGAACCCGUUUUCAUGUACACCCAAUAAUAACCCACAGAGCUCUUAUUCUGCAAAUAUUCUUGGAACACACUGCCUUUAACACAUAUUUCUAUAGCUAUCUGUAUAGCCUGAUUGUUCCCAAGCCUAGCUAUUUCCAGUUGCUUCAAGUGUGUUAUGAAAAAAUUCUUUACACUUAUUUUUUUAAUGUAACAUACACACAUCAUUUAAGGAGGAUCAGUAAUUCAGAUAUUUAUGUGUUGCUCAGUGAUUUGUAACCGCUUUGAAUUUUGCUUAUAAUCUCACACACACAUUGCUACUUAUAUAAAUGUUCUCAUAUACUAGUGGUUAUGACUCAAGUUCCUAUAGCAAAGGAAGAACUCUCUUUGUCAGUUAAAGCUGUUAAUACAUGAAAAUAUUCAUUCAGCCUUGUUCCUUGUUAAAAAAUACAAGCAAUAGGACAUUCAAGUAUUUCCCUUUGUGAGGAUACCAGUCAUCCUUUCCUUAAACUAGAAUUAGGGAAAGUAUAUUUUUUUCUAUUCCAUUAAAGUUCUUGCAACUGAUAUUUAAUACAAGCAUUGUGGGGAUAUGUACUAUGUGCCUAACUAGUCCUGUUCUAGGCUUAAUGGAAACUAUUAAAAAUUAAUUCAUAAAGAGUUUAUAAUAUCUUUAGUUAAACAAGAGUUGGGAAACAAAUGGCCAGCAGUGCAAGAGAGUUUGUAGUUAAGUGUCAAUUCAUACCAAGUACUAGAGCCAGGAUGUGUCCUUCAUUUUUGUCAUCCAGGUCCUAGUAUGAUGCUGCUAUAAGUCUGGGGAUAAAAUUGAGAUCCCAGUAGCAAUAAACAUGGAACAGGGGAGGAGUCUGAAUGUAGAGGUAAAUAAUACUGAAUGUAAUGGCUUCUCUUUUCUCUCUUGUGGAAUUGCAUUCAAACCAGGACAGUGCCUUAGAAUGGAUGAGCCCAACUGCUCUGUAUCUAUGCAAUAUUUUAAUAAAGUGAAAACGUAUGUGCUCUUC